AUGAACUUCUAUCCUGCCAAUGCCAGUCUCCAGCCGUCAUUGGCUGGAACAACUCUUAUAAUGCCAGGGCCGAAUGCUUUAGGAUUUGUGGGUCAAUUGACUCUAGAUCUGCUUAUAUCAACUCUAAAGCUGCAAAAGGUCGGAUCCAUUGACUGUCCUGAUGUUUCUGCUGUGGUGGGAAUAGACUCUUAUGGUCCUUGGGAUUCUCCUUCUGUUCGCACUGCUAUGGAAGUCUAUCAGGGUAAGACUCAGAGCAGUCAGUCGCAUUCAAUCAAGGAACAAGUCGUUACUGUUCUUAUGAUCCGCUCCAAAGUUGAAAAGGAAAAAGGUAUGGUUUUUUCCGAAGCAUUAACCUCGUGGAUUCAGUCUAUUGGAUUCUCAAGAGUGCUUUUGCUUACAGCGUUGGAUGGAACCAGACGAACCGAUAAGCAACUUGGGUCUUCUCCGUUGAGGUACUGUACUGUUGGAUCCGAGUUUUCUGACCAAUUUCCUGCUGCUCUUAAGCUUGGAUGGACUGCGAUUGAAUCAUCAAGUGAUAUAUACACGGACACUCCUUGCAUAAUUCCACCCGGUGGGGGCCUUACUCGCUUCAUCUUGAACGAGUUUAAGCGCAAGGAGAUGUCAUUGACAGUACUAAGCUGGUUUACUUUUGAAGGAGAUAAUAUGGAUACGGUUCAUAGCAUUGCAAAUGCAGUCAAUGAUCUCGUUUGCCUAUGCUCUCCGAAACCGCAAUGGUUACGUCCAAAAUCUUGGGAUCAUAUCUAUGGACAAGAACAGUACACAAGGGAGUUGUUUUAAUGAGAUUUUGCUGAUUACAUUUCAAAAAGCAUCGCCCGAGUCCUGACAUGUGUUUUAUAUUGAAAAUGCAAUAAAGCAGUUGAAUUGGUUUUACUGAAAUAGCUCAAUA